AUGUUAUCUGUUAUCCAGCAGAUCUACCUUUCAGCCUGGUUACAGAUUUCAUUCAUCUCGUCUUCUGCCUUGAAGCCCACUCGGCUACCAGUGUUCCAAAGGAAGCCUUUUAUAGCUGCCUGGAAUGCACCAACAGAUCAUUGUUCCAUGAGAUAUAAUGUUACUAUUGACCUCAAAGUGUUCCAUGUGAUUGGAAGUCCAUUUGCCAGAGCAAGAAGACAGAAUGUAACUAUCUUUUAUGUCAACAGACUGGGAUAUUACCCUUGGUACACGCCCCAGGAUGUCCCUGUUAAUGGUGGCCUACCUCAGAAUUUCAGCUUGCAAGCCCAUCUGGAGAAAGCCAGCUGUGACAUCAACUACUACAUUCCUGAUAAAGAUUUCACUGGAUUAGCUGUCAUCGACUGGGAACAUUGGAGGCCGCAAUGGGAUCGCAAUUGGAGCAGAAAAGAUAUUUACCGGCGACAGUCCAGAAAACUAAUUUCUGAAAUGCAAGUGAACAUUUCUACAAGCACUGUUGAAUAUUUGGCAAAACUUUCCUUUGAGCAAAGUGCUAAGUCGUUCAUGAAGGAGACCAUUGAACUUGGGAUUAAAAAGAGGCCUAAGGGCCUUUGGGGGUACUACCUGUACCCAGACUGCCACAAUUAUAAUUUCUACGACCGGAAUUAUACUGGAUCCUGCCCAGAGAGUGAGGUUUUGAGGAAUAAUGAACUCUCUUGGCUCUGGAAUAGCAGUGCUGCUCUGUAUCCUUCCAUUGGUGUGAAGAAAUCCCUUGGCAACAGUGAAAAUAUACUGCGUUUUUCACAAUUUAGGGUGCAUGAGUCCAUGAGGAUUGCCUCCAUGACAUCCCAUGAUUACGCUCUCCCAGUAUUUGUGUAUACCCGACUGGGCUAUAAAGAUGAGCCUUUAUUAUUUCUUUCUGAGCAAGAUCUUGUUAGUACUAUUGGAGAAAGUGCUGCAUUGGGAGCAGCAGGGAUAGUUAUUUGGGGAGACAUGAAUUUAACUUCAUCGGAGGUCAGCUGUACAAAGGUGAAACAAUUUGUUUCUUCUGAGUUGGGUUUCUACAUCAUAAACGUAACCAGAGCUGUGGAGGUGUGUAGCAGGCAUCUGUGUCAGAAUAAUGGGCGAUGCAUACGAAGAAACUGGAAAUCUGUGGACUACCUUCAUUUAAACCCCAACAGCUUUCAAAUCAGAGCUUCAGAAGAUCAGGGAUUUAUUGUGAGAGGAAAAGCUUCACACUCAGACCUUCAAAUCAUGUCAGAAAAAUUCACCUGCUAUUGUUAUCAAGGGUUUAAAGGAGCUGAUUGCAGGGAAGAUAAAACUUCAGGCAAACAACCAGGAAAUUCAGCCAGUUUACUCUCAUCUGGAGUAGUAGUUAUGUUGAAGUUGGUUUCCUUGAACUAUUUACUUCCCGAGGCUUUGGGUUUGACUUAAUCACUGAGCGUUUUUAGGGUCUAUCACAUCAGCAGACUUAGAGGCAGAAGACAGAAGAAAACUCAGAAACUUCAGGUCAUACAGCUGGAUUCUUUGCCUCUUUACUGGCCACUAAGUAUAUGUAGGAUAGAAGUUUAAGAUAGUUAAAGAAAAUCAAUGCAUAGAGCUUUGAUCAAAGAACUUUGGUCAAAGAAAGGAAUUGUCUGUUGAUUGUUGUCAGAACAAGAAUAUUCUGAAAA